CAUACACAUACAUACACACACACACACACAUACACACACACGAAUGCACAGCAGCAGCAUCUCCUACUGCCAAGGAACAUCGGUGUCUGCUAAGAGAACAUCAUCUUUAUCAUCAACCUGAAGAGCAUCAUGCCCAAAGUUCUGGUUUAGGAGAAGCAUCUUUGAAGUGAGGAUUAAACCUAUGAAGUACGAUAAGGAUGUUUGACUGGAUUUUGGUGGACUUUGCCAGUUGAACAUUUUAAUGAAGAACACAGUUAGGAGUGUGCUUUCCACUGCUGAGAUGGAUAGGCUGGCUGACAGGGGUGAUGACUGGACAGUGACGACAGCUAUCCACUAGCAGCUCAUCCUGAAGUAUAGAAAGGUCUGCUCAUCAGAUGUUUGCUCUCAAUAGGCCUUCCCUGAGAGGAUGGAUGUCGACAAACUUCAAAAUUCUACUGCAAAUGGAAAUACAUCAGUUGUCCAGAGCGAUCCACAUGAUCUUUGGGAGGUUAUUACUAUUGCUACUGUGUCAGCAGUUGUAAGCCUGAUCACAAUAGUGGGGAACAUUCUAGUAAUGCUCUCUUUUAAGGUUAACAGCCAACUGAAGACAGUCAACAACUAUUACUUACUCAGUUUGGCUUUCGCAGACCUCAUUAUUGGAGUGUUCUCCAUGAACCUUUAUACUUCUUAUAUUCUGAUGGGAUAUUGGUCUCUGGGAAACUUAGCAUGUGAUCUGUGGCUAGCUCUGGACUAUGUGGCAAGUAAUGCGUCAGUGAUGAAUUUGCUGGUGAUCAGCUUUGAUAGAUAUUUCUCCAUCACAAGGCCACUAACCUACAGGGCUAAGCGGACACCAAAACGUGCAGGCAUUAUGAUAGGCUUGGCAUGGCUAGUCUCCUUCAUCUUAUGGGCCCCUCCAAUUCUAUGUUGGCAGUACUUUGUUGGUAAGAGGACAGUUCCACCUGACCAGUGCCAGAUUCAGUUCUUCUCAGAACCUGUUAUUACGUUUGGUACGGCGAUAGCAGCCUUUUACAUUCCUGUAUCUAUCAUGACCAUUUUAUACUGGAGGAUCUACAAGGAGACAGAGAAGCGCACAAAAGACUUAGCUGAGCUGCAAGGGCUCACAUCUGUGGACAGACAUGAAAACUCCAAAGCACAAAAGCAAAGAUCUUGCUUUGGCUUCAACACAGAUGGACGAACCACACAGGCCUCAUGGUCUUCAUCCACCCAGAGCAAUGUAACCAAGACUACGGCACAAUCUGAGGAUAUUUGGGCAAAGGCAGAGCAGGCCAACACUCUCAACAGUUACACAUCCUCUGAGGAUGAUGAGAGGCCGGUUUCUGAAGCAACGUCACAGGGAUCAUACAAAAACCAGGAACCAGAGCCAAACGAGCUGCUGGCCUGUUAUGAGGAAAGUCACUAUUUCACUAAUUCCAUUAAGUACUGCUCCCAAAAGAACCACAAGAAAUGCAUCUCAUACAAGUUCAAGCCAGUCAUAAAGAACAUGAGCCCGCAUAAAGCCAGUGCUGAGGAUGAAAGGAAAACAUCACAUUCUUGUUCUUCAUCAGAACAGUUGGCUCUUUCUUCUACCUCCACUUCCACCAAGCCUAUGGAUCCCAAUUUGAAGAACCAGAUCACUAAGCGCAAAAGAAUGGUUCUUAUCAAGGAGAAAAAGGCAGCUCAGACCCUAAGCGCAAUCCUUCUGGCCUUCAUCCUUACUUGGACUCCAUAUAACAUCAUGGUGCUCAUUUCCACCUUCUGCUCCAACUGCAUCCCUGUGUCCCUCUGGCACCUGGGCUACUGGCUCUGCUACGUCAACAGCACAAUCAAUCCGAUGUGCUAUGCCUUAUGCAACAAAACCUUUCAAAAGACCUUCCGGAUGUUACUCCUCUGCAAGUGGAAGAAGAAUCGUGGGGAGGAAAAACUGCACUGGUGUGGUCAAAAUCCAGCAAUGACAAGCAAGUUGACCUAGUAGGCAGAGACACUGAAGUUAAGGGCCAACUAUGUAGAUGUUGUAGCUUUUAAAACAUGCGUGUUGCUGUACUCUGUGUAGUCAGACCAAGUUAUUGUGUAAAUGUUAUGUACUUUGCUUGAACAUACAAGAUUUCUGUUGCUCUGUUGGAGAACUGUAAGGGCUUGCAAGCUAAUGUUUACAUGAGCACAUCUUACAGUUGUAACUGGACGGUAGUAGUAAGACAUAAAACAGUCUCUCUUUAGACAGCUGGUUCCUAUCACCACAACUGUGGACAAUUCUGAGUUAGUUUCUCUAGAUAGGAUCAUUUCACACCAAACCUCUCUGAUUGACUUUGUUUACAUCUUAACCAUUUAAUUAUGAAAUUAAAAUUUGAAAUUAAAUUCUCCUUUAACACUGAAAGGAAUGUACACUUUUUUGAAUGCUUUGUGUAAUUUGCUGUUAAAUGUGUUUUAUCUGAAACUGAAAAAUGAAUGAACUUACUGAACAGCUGUUAUGACUGGAUAUGAAAUUAGCAAAUGGGUGGUUUCUGGCGUUUGCACAGUACUGUAGGUUUAUGUAUUGUCCUUUCUAGAUUGUGCCUUCAUCCUUAAUUUAAACUCAGUUAAGCAACUUCUUAAAACACUGUUCGUCUAAAUAAACCACUAUUUCAAGAUACACAACAUAUGUCAAUGUUAGAGCAACUACUGUGCAUGAGCACAAGCUGUAAAUGUCCAGUUUUUCUGUUUGGCUUGCUAUGCCAUAAUUUAGGAUUUCGAGUCAACAACUAAUAGUACACACUUUAUUCCAGCAUGUUGCAAAAGCACCUCUAAAGUUGAUGUUACAGGCUGUCUUGGAUGUUAGGUGACAAAAAUACUAAUGCAAGUUAUUUCUCUUUGUAACACUGGUUUAUAAUGUGAAUUUUUAUUUGAUAUGUGGAAUAUAUAUUGU